AUGGCUUCAGCUGCCUCGUCUCUGAAAGCUGCGUCUGGAAAUGACCGCUUCAACGACGAAGCAGCCAAGUGGGACAGUAACCCCUUUGUCCACGAGGCCAGCAAACAUGCAUUGAAAGCCAUAGUGGCCAAGUUCCCCGCGCUGAGACAACCUCCCGGCGAAACCGGUCUAGAUGUCCUCGAGAUCGGCUGCGGCACAGGCCUCCUCUCGUCCAUCAUGGCUCCCUAUGCGAAAAGGAUAGUGGCCGUCGAUGCCGCGCCCGGCAUGAUCGAUGUGCUCAAGGCGAAACUACAGAAACCCGACGCGCCCCGCAACAUCACCCCCGUGGCUGUCCUUCUCGAAGACCCCGAGGACAAAAGUCUACCGCCUCAGGACGAGCGGGAACCCGACGGACGGCGGCUGAAAUUCGACCUGAUCACCUCGCACCUGGUGCUGCAUCACAUUCCGGACCUCAAGGGGGUCUUGACCACCAUGCUGGGCUGCCUGAAGAGCAACGGGUGGGUGGCCCUGACCGACUUUGAGGACUACGGUCCAGAAGCGAAGGCCUUCCACGCACAGGCCAAGAUGGGGGGCGUCGAGAGACACGGAACCAACGCCGACGCCAUGGAAAAGCUCAUGAACGAGGUCGGCUUCGUCAACGUUCGAGUGGUGCGGGCAUGGAGCAUGGACAAAUCCGUGGAAAAGUACGAGGGCGAAUUCGGUAGUGCGGGCAAACCGACCCAGCCCGGCCAAGGCGAGAUCAGGAGUUUCCCCUUUGUCCUCUGCAUGGGCGAGAAGAAGUAUUGUCAGCCUUGAUCGUGAUAAAGUUGACUCGGUGGCGACGCGCGAUGGCUGGCCUAUCGACUCCUCCGACGUCGAAGGCGUUUUGGCAUUUUGUUCAGCCACCAAGAUGCCACUGUGGACAAAAACAAAAGAUGG